UGCUUUGGGACCUUGGGGAGGUUUUCCAGCUGUGCCGGAGUCACAGCUGUGAUGAUCUGUUCCCUUUAAUUCACGUUUGUUGGGUUCGUGGGGCAGAUGUGCUGUUACUAGUUACUCGUACAGUUACUAAGAUCGUACAGAAACUUUUUCACUGCUGCUGUCUCACUGCAGACUGGAGAUACGUCUGAGCGCGCUCUCUCUCUCUCUCUCUCUCUCUCUCUCAAACCCUCUCUCUGUCUCUCACUCUCUCUCUCUCACACACACACACACACACACACACUCACUCACUCUGCAACACGUCUACAAAAAGAGGCGGAACCGAGACAGUGAAGUUUGUUCGGGAUUUUUCUUUUGUUUGGCGAAAUUAGUGACAGGUCCGGUACCGUCUUGGAAAAAAUUGUCUCAGUGAGUGAGUUUAUGUAUGUGUGAGUGAGUGAGUGAGUGAGUGAGUGAGAGAGAGAGAGAGAGAGAGAGAAAGAGAAAGAGAAAUGGAUGUAAAAGUGGCGCUGUUUGUGCUGUGUGCGUACUGCGCAUGCGCGAUGUGUAACACGGGUCCCAAUGAGGAGCUGAUAAUUGAUCGAUAUUCAUUACCGACCCGCUGUGGCAGAGAGGUUCAGGUCGGUGAUUAUGUACGGUACCAUUACACCGGAUCGUUUCCGGACGGGAGGAUCAUCGAGUCCAGUGAGCAUAAGGGCAUGGCAUUUGUUGGACUGGUGGGUGUGGACAGUAAGGUGAUUCCAGGCUUGGACAGAGGAGUGAUGGGGAUGUGUGUGAAUGAGAGGAGGAAGAUCACCAUUCCCCCUCACCUUGGAUAUGGAAUCUCUGGAGCUGGUACAGUGAUUCCUUCAGAUGCAACUCUGGUGUUUGAUGUCGUGUUGUUGGACGUGUGGAAUAAGGAUGAUGGUGUGGACACUCGACUGCUCUUUAAGCCAAUGUCCUGUCGCCGCUCAGUGCAGCAUGGUGAUUUUGUGCGAUAUCUGUAUAAUGGCUCAUUGAUUAAUGGCACAAACUUCGAGUCCAGUUAUGGACAAUAUGUCACAUAUGACACAUACGUGGAUGAAGAUCACCUGAUCAGCGGCAUGGUGCAGGGGCUAAUGGGAAUGUGUGUGGGAGAGAAACGCUCCAUCAUCAUCCCACCAUUUCUAGCCUAUGGGGAGAAAGGAUAUGGCGUGAUGGUGCCGGCUCAUGCAACGGUGGUGUUUGAUGUGCUGCUCAUUGAUGUGUUUAAUGUGAAGGAUGAUGUUCAGGUGGAGGUUCUCCAUGUUCCUCAGCCCUGCAGAAGAAAAUCAAAGAAAGGAGACUUUAUACGUUAUCACUACAAUGGAACAUUCCAGGACGGAACACUGUUUGACUCCAGCUACCAGCGCAAAAGUACAUACAAUACCUUUGUGGGUUUGGGUCAUGUGAUCGCUGGAGUGGAUAAAGCCUUGCAAGAAGUGUGUGUGGGAGAGAAGAGACACAUCAUCGUUCCUCCACACCUCGCCUAUGGAGAGAAUGGGACAGGUGACCUUAUUCCAGGUUCAGCCGUGUUGAUCUUUGACCUCCACAUCAUUGACUUCCACAAUCCAAAAGACUCAGUGGAAGUUCAAAUUACCCACAAACCCCUGCAGUGUAACAGCACCAGCACCAAUGAUGACCUUGUCAUCUACCACUACAAUUGCUCUCUGCUAGACGGAACCCGACUUUACUCCUCUAAUGACUUGGGCAGACCUGCACAGGCAAUGCUGGGUCAAGCAGAGGUCAUCGAGGGGCUGGAUCAAGGGUUGAAAGGCAUGUGUGUUGGUGAGAAGAGGGAGGUGAUUGUGCCCCCCCACUUUGGACAUGGACAAAAUGAAGGUUCAGUAGUUCCAGCAGAUGCUGUGUUAAUUUUUGAACUGGAGUUGUUGGAUUUGCGUAAAGGCGUUCCUCAGGGCUUCCUGUUUGUCUGGUUGGAGGAGAUUCCUGAUCCUCUGUUCAGCUUCAUGGACCUUAACCAGGAUGGAGAAGUUCCACUGGAGGAGUUCACAGCAUUCAUCAGGCUGCAGGUGUCAAUGAGCAAAGGUCGUCUCCACCCUGCAAUGGAUGCUGAUGUAAUCAUCAGAGAGAUGUUCACCAGCCAGGAUCAGAACGCUGAUGGGAGAAUCACAGUGGAUGAGCUGAGACUUCAGACGGACAAGACAACAGGACACGAUGAGCUAUGAGAAAGAAACAUGCGGGAUAUCAUCAGUAAAGUGAUGCCAUCAGUAAAGGCACAUUGCAUUGUGGGAACAAUCUGCCAUUUUUGUUGUAAAUAGAUCUCUUUAAGCUGUGUUCUACUUGAGUCCAAAAGUUACAUCAAUAUUUGAGUAAUUAUUAAAGUUCCUCAUUGUCAUAUCUCAACCCGGCCAGGACUCAGUUUCCCAAGAAGCAACACUCACCUCCCAUGCACGCAUGCGCUCACCAUCCCUGGAGUUCUAAUCUUCCACACCUGUCACUAAUCACACACACACUCUCUCCACUAGUAUUUAGAGAGUCAUUCGCCAAAUGUUCAUUGCGAAGUAUACGUUUAGUAGACUUGUUCUCUGUGUUUCCAAGCCUUUCACAUUCGUUUGCUAUCUUUGUUAUCUCGACCUCUUUUCCCGUUUACGACUACGCUUUCUGCCUGUCCCCGUGUGCUUUGUUUGUCCAAUCGCCUGACCUUUGCUUGUUUUACGACUAUGUCUUUGGAACUACCCUUUACUACGCACCCGCUUCUGCUUCUGUGCCGACUCCGGUUCGUGACACUCAUGUUCAUAGUUGACUUAUGCAGCUGAUUAUGUUAAUUUGAGCUGCACAUUCAGAUUAUUAAAACCACUAAAGAUAAACAUAAAUUUCAGCAGGACAGAUUGUGGUUACAUCAAACUGUCAGACAGUGGUGCUGGACUUGCUAUAGGUUCUCGCUGGAGGCAACAUCCUGCAAGAAAAAUGUGAUUACAUUCAAGGUCAGAAAUACACAAGGUCAUAAUUCUACACUUAUUACAUAUUACAUAUAUAAUGUUACAUUUAACCUCUGGCUAAUUUUCCCAUUUCACCAUCCAUAUUUCCGGUAUGAGAAGAACUAAUUUGUAUCUUUUUCCUUUUAUGACCAUUUAAAAGAUGCAAGGGCAGUUAACACUUGACAGAGACAGUGGAAAGCCUCUUUUAAAAAGCCAGGAUACGGAAAUAAUCACUCAAAAUGUAAAAUAUUUACCAUAUUGCCUAGCCAGUGACAUGGUUCAUGAGCUGCACAUGAUCAGUUUCAUGACAAAAAUGUAUAGAUUAUGUGGAAAUUGUUUGAUGAUGUGAAAACCAACUGUACCUUAAUUUGUACUGUAGAGAAUGGGCUUUUUACUUCAAUUCAAUUUAAUUUUAUUUGUAUAGCACUUUUAACAAUGGACAUUGUCUCAAAGCAGCUUUACAGAAACAUAUAAACACAGGAUACAGAUUUUAAAUGUGUGAAUUUAUCCACAUUGAGUGAGCCGGUGGUGACGGUGGUGAGGAAAAUCUCCCUAAGAUGAUAUGAGGAAGAAACCUUGAGAGGAACCAGACUCAGAAGAGAAACCAUCCUCAUCUGGUUUAAUUGCUCUAGUGGCAAACAAACACUCAUAAAACAAAAGAUAUAUUUUAAAUCAAUUAGAUAUUUAGGUUGAAUAGAUUAUACAUUCCCCUAAAAAAGUGUUGGAAAAGCAAGACCAGUUCUUUUUUUUUUUUGCUAUACCCUGAAGACAUUUGGGUUUGAGAUAGAUCAAAAGAUGAAUAUUUGAAGUGAUCAAAAAUAUUGGAACAUAAAAUAUUGGAUAGAUGUUUCUUGCUGCCCAGGUCUGCCCUGUUAAAUUGAUUGUUUAAAGAGCUAAUAGCUCUGAAUGUCUACUCUUGGUUUGAGCCCUAGGUUUCGCCUGUGAAGACUGCAUUUGUUGCUAAAAAUGAUAAACCAACAUGAAGACCAGAGAGCUGUCUAUGGGAGAAAAGCAAGCUAUUUUGAAGAUGAGAAAAGAGGGGAAAGCAUUGGGCUUAGCCAGUACAAUUUGGAAUGUCCUGAAAAAGAAAGAAACAACCAGAUAUGGAACAGGUUGGCCAAGGAAAAAAAACAGUUGAUGACAAACAUUGUGUGAGCUGUGAAGAAAACCGCAAAUACAACAGUUAGUAACAUCACCAACAACCUUCAGAGGCAGGGGUGAAGGUAUCAUAAUCAAGUACAUAAAUAUAGAGGCCAUACCAGAAGAUACAAACCACUCAUGAGCAGUAAGAAUCAGAAAGCCAGACUGAAAUUCGCAAAGAAAUACACAGAUGAUCCACAAAAGUUCUGGAACCAAGACGAACCACUAUCAAAGUGGGUGUGUCUAAAUGAUCAAAUUAGAGUUUGGAACACAGGGGAUGUAAUACAGCAGGGUGGAACUAUAUAAAUCGUUUUAACACAUUUUUUUCUAGUAAACAAUAUCUCUAAAGAUACAUCAGCUGUGUGUGUGUGUGUGUGUUACGAACAUUACAUGCUGCAGUGCGAGAAAGCUUCACAGCAAGUAAUCAAAGCUUUUUAGAUUUUAUUCACUGAAUCACUGAUCUUAAUGGUGUUGCAUUUAAAAUUUCCUGCUGGGGGAAGCAUUACCCACAUUUCACAGACCUUACAUAGCAAUACAAGCAAGGAGACAGAGUCCUAAAUCCUGACUGAUAGAUUUCAUGAAUGUUAUUCCUAUGCUAUUCCUUAUGCUGGGAAGUUUUAUAUUGGCCUAUAACUGGACAGCUGAUGGUUUGAAUUCAGGCUUUUUAAUCAGGAGUUUUAUAACUGCUAAUUUAAAAGAAUUAGGUACGUCGCCAAUGCUAAGGGAAGAACUCGUUAUUUUUACAAGAGAUUUGAUUACUUCUGGUAUUUUUGAAGUAUGUUGGUAAGGCAUCUAGUACACAAAUGUACUAGAUUUUGAUGAGAAAUUAAUGACAUUUUUCAGACUCUUGAAGGGGAAAAAAAUAUUCUACUUUCUGAUCUGAUGUGUUUAUAUUGUCUACUUCGUCACUGAAAAAAUGCAUAAAGUCUAGAGUGUAGCAGAACACUCACCUGAUCACGUUCUCUGGGAUCAGAUGGUGAUCCAAACAAGGUUGAUAACUCCGAGAUUAUUGAUAAAACUCGGUGUGGUGAAUGUACGUGAAUGUAAGCUUACGUGAAUGUAAGCUUACGUGAAUGUACGUUUGAUGCGGUAGCAUGGUGAAGUGCAUAUAUUAUGACUAAGACAUUUUAAAUGAGAUGAGAUAAUGAUCUGUGAUAGUUUCAGAAUGUGGGAAUGUGACUAUAUUUUCUACAUUAAAUCCAAAUGUUAUUAUAUCAAGAGUCUGACCACCAUUAUGAGUGGGUGCUAUUAUGUUCUGAUUGACCCUGACUGAAUCUAGAAUGGACACAACUGCUGGUUCUUAGAGGGACUUAUUAAAAUUAACAUUAAAGUCACCAAGAAUUAAUGCUUUGUCUAAAGAAACAACCAAGUUAGAGAUUAAAUCUGCAAAUUCACCAAGGAAUU